AUGUCUAACCCAUUUCUUCUUGCCGCUGAUAAUUCGCCUGAGCUCCUGCCGCUCCUACGCGCCAAUCCCAGCCUUGCAUCAGCCCAAGAUGACCAUGGAUACUCUCUGAUUCACGCUGCGGUGUCCUACAACCACCUAGACCUCCUACGAACACUGGUCAACGAGUUCAAAGUCGAUGUUAAUAUCAGAGAUGAGGAUAAUGAGACGGCUUUAUUUGUUGCCGAGACUGUUGAGGCUGCGAAGGCCCUUGUCGAAGAGCUUGGUGCUGAUCCCAAGAUCACAGGCGACGAAGGAAGGACCGCUGCGGAAUCGAUACUGGCCGACGAUGACUUCCCUGAAGUUGCUGCGUAUCUCGCAUCCUUCGCGGAUGGAGGUAGCACUACACAAGCGAAUGGCAACGGCACCGAUGCACCUUUGGCGCCAGUGAUUGGACAGGUUCCUCCGUUGCCAGCAGGAAUCUCGAUUGACAUGGGCACCAUGGCACCGGAAGAUAUUGGUGAUAACGAGGUUGACCAAGAAUUCAGGAGGAAGAUUGAAGAGUUGGCAGCAAGAGAAGAUUUCCAAGACGAAGCUGGCCAAGCGGAAUUAAGAGCACUCGUCACCGAGGCGUUUAGGGGCCAAGUGAACCCGGCGGAGAGGGACAGCAUAAAUUCUGAUGAGGGCCCUGGUAUCUUCGAUAUGGUACAAUCUCUGGAGGUGGCUGGCAAGCUGUCUGGAAAUCCAGACACGGAAAAGGAGAACCAGGACUUUGUCGUUGCUGCAAGCACGGCUGACACGAAAGUUUUAUGUGCCCAAGAUGAGGACAUGAAGCCUUUCCAGGUGAUUUUCACCAGGGCCUGA